ACAACAUUAACGACUUGUUGUUCGAAUGGUAGCUCGUUGCGGAAAGUGCUCGCGGGCUAAGCAAAAUAUACCCAUAAUAAGAUUCAUUUACAAUGAACACCAACAAAACGCAGGGAGAUAUGUGAAAAGAAAGUGAAUAAAAAAUUUCAAAUAGAGUUUGGUAUAGAAAUCGAACCAGCUAGUGAACGAAAAGAAAAAUCAAGCAAAAAUAAAUAGGAAAUAAAAAAAAAACAUUUAUACACAACGAAAGAUGUACACAAAUUGAAGCUAAACUGAGUACUAAGUAAAAGAAAUAAUCUAACUGAAUUAGUGCAUUGCAAACGAAACAAAUUGGCGGUAAUUUACUGGUGAAUUUGAUGCACAAAAAUCCACUUAUAAAAAAUUUGAAAUAAUUUGAAAUCAACUCUGUUGAAUAUUAAGCAGCGUUGUGGUAGUGGCAAAGUGAAAAUCGUUGCUUGUGAAAAUAACAAAAAAAUAUAUAUAUAUACAAAGCGAGCAAUUAAUAAAAAUGCGUGUAUGCAACUAAAACAAAACCAAAUAAAAAAAAAAGAGCAAAAUAUGAAAAUUAAUUAAAAGUUAAAAAGUGUUAAAGCGGUCGAAUUGUCUAAAUCGCAUGCUGCUGCCGCCCCACAGCAACACCCAACUAAGCUAAUUGGCGCGCUGAUUACAGCCUGCAAAUCCGCAUAGCAGUAGCGCAUCAAUAACGCCCAGCAGCGCAAGUGCUGCAAUCGCGUCGUUUCGUGCCGCGCCUCACAUAUAAAAUUUUUCGUACAUUUAACCAAUUCAAGCGCCGCCCCAACGCGUACGCGCCUCGUCACAUCUUAGUGUUGCAUAGUUGAGUGCUAGUGAGUGCCGCCAAGUUUAUGCGCCUGGCAAAAGAUGAAAAGAUAACAAAGCCAGCAACAGCAAGUGCAACAAAUUACAAAAAAAAAAAAAAAAUUAAAAAAGAAAAACAACAACAGCGUACGUAUUUAGCGCGUCGAAUAUGUUGUGGCCUGCGCCAUCAGCGUUACCGUUAUCGUCAACAUAAACGCUGUUGUCGUAGUCUUUACUUGGCGUAAAACGUUUGCAUUUGACAAUAUUUUUUGCUAGCAAUAACAACGAUAGCAACAACAUUCAGCAGCAACCGUACACUUUCAACGGCAACAACUUUAGCGCGCAAUUAUUGCCUUUAUGGACGUCAGUUUUUGCAUUUUCGCGCUGGUUUUACUUUUCGUAAGCCAUUUAUGAUUUUUAUCGCAACAUUUACAUGUAAGUUGUUGUUGCUGUCUCACAUACUUUUCCACGUUCACAUCGCAAGUGUAUACGCCUUUAGUGCUAAGCACGCCAGCGCCGUCGCCAUCGCCAUCGCCGUCACUAUAGCGACCACAACAGCCGCUUUAAUCGCUUUUGCAGGCGUCGCCGUCGCCGUCGCCGUCGCCGCCGUUUUCCCUGGCAAUCAUAAAAAUUUUCUCGUCGACAACGUGCAGGAAUUUCAAUUUGAAAUUAUGCCAAAACUACAACAUCAGCCACACCACCAGCCACAACACCAACACCAACAACAACAGCAGCAGCAGCAGCAACACCAUCACCACACAUCCACACAUCAUGGCGAAUAUCCAUUGCCAAAUGGCUGGGAUAUCGCCACCGAUUUCGAUGGAAAAACCUACUACAUCGAUCAUAAUACGAAGAAGACAACGUGGCUGGAUCCGCGCGAUCGUUAUACCAAACCACAGUCAUUCGAAGAUUGUGUCGGCGAUGAGCUGCCGCAUGGCUGGGAGGAAGCGUACGAUCCGCACAUCGGACGCUAUUAUAUCAAUCACAUUGAACAGACCACGCAGUUGGAGGAUCCGCGCCAAGAAUGGAAGAGCGUGCAAGAACAAAUGUUGCGCGACUAUCUGUCAGCGGCCCAAGAUCAAUUAGAAAAUAAGCGUGAGAUGUAUGAUAUUAAGCAGCAGCGCCUGCAAAUAGCGCAGGAAGAAUACAAUAAUCUGAAUAAAUUGGCGGCCAGCAGGAGUAGUUUGUGUUCCUCUUCGAGCUCAAUGAGUCGCCACGAUCCCGAGUUGUUGCGCGCCGAUCUGGCUAUGGCUAAGGAGCGCGUGCGUCUGCUAAAGCAGGAACUCAAGCACAUCACACACGACAUCACUUUUACGCAACGUGGCAUGAAUACGCUGCACUCGGUGGGCGAGAAGAUCAAUGCACGCCAAAAUGGCUGUUACGAUAUUGCCGAAGUGCAGGCCAUACGCGAGGAAAUGCUCAAGGUGCACAAGUCGUUGGUGUCGGGUGAGAAGGUGCGCGAAGAGCUGAUGCGUAGCCUAGUGCAAAUCAAGAAUGAGCUCAGCCGUCAACAAAUCAACGACGAAAAUGCUGAGCUGAUGAAUGCUGCAUCGCCAUUCGAUCGCGUUUGUGUUGCUUCGCAGACAGAUUUGUGUGGUGCUGGCGAUAUGAAUAGUGGCGCACGUUUCGCAGAGAUGGCAAAAACGAAAUUGCAAUACUCGGAAUGGCGUAAACAUAUCAAAAAACUACAACAACAGUUGGCCGAUCAUGUGGAACGCAUCGAUCCGGGUCAAUUGGAGUCGGACAAGGAUCGCAUUUUGUUGAUACAGGAGAAGGAGAAAUUCCUCAACGAUUUGAAUAGCAUUUCGAUGGAGUCGCGCACACCCGAGGAGGUGCGUGUUAUACAGCAAACACGUCGCAAGCUGGAAGAGGAUCUGAACGAGGCGUAUGAGGCUACAAAUCAGUGCAUAGCGAAGCGUCUGCGCUUCCACGAGGAGAAACAGCUGCUGGUGGGUGAGUUGCAGGAAGCGCUUAAGUCCACGAAAAAACUGGAGGAACGCCUUAAGUCAUUCUCGUCGGAGAGCACAUUCUCCAUUAGUAGCGGUUCUAGUCUGGGUUCGCUGUCGACGGCGAGUAGCAAGAGCGCGCUCAGCUUCACCGACAUCUACAUCGACCCAUUCGCUGUCGAUUCACAAAUUGAUGUGAUCGAUUUGCAACGCCGCUCACAACGUUUCUAUCAGCAACAACAGCUGCAAGUCGCACAAACGCAAUUGCAGCUGCAACAGCAACAGCAACAACAGCAGCAGCUACAGUCACAAACGCAUUCAGUUACGCACACGCAUCCACAGCUGCAACAACAACCCUCAUCGGAGUUGUCGCUUUCGCCGCGUAGCAGUCUAUCAAUGGAAACACCACCCGCCUCGCCCAUGAAAUACAAUGCCAGUCCCGAUCAGGUGACGGCGUCCACAAACCAGCGGCUCAAGGAAGAGCCCACGUAUGCCAAUACAUCGUCUGGCGCUGGUUUGCCACCACUCUACCAGCCAAGUCCAGCGUUGGCGGCAGCCAUGGCACGCACACACGCGCAUGACUUAGACUCGACACUACUGGACUGUAUGGUGCUGGAGGCUAAGCUGCAGAAGCUGAACUUAGCCGCACCAAUUAACCUGCCCGCUGCGCCGCUGUCACCGAUUUCCGAGAAGCCAUCUUUAUUAGAUCUGCCGCAAGAGAUGCUCAGCCGUUCAUCUUCCUCGUCGAACACACGCUCCGUAUCCGCGGCGGUGAGCAAUGAGUCGGUCGCCGGUGACUCGGGCGUUUUCGAGGCAUCACGCGCACAUCUGCCACGCAAGGAAUUGGCACAAGUGCAGAUUGGGUUGAAGUAUCUGAAGGAGAAGGGUGUACUAGUCGUCUCGCUGGAACGUGCGAACAAUCUCUCAGCGCUAUGGACUGCGACCGCAGACAAUUCACAAGUUUAUCUGCGCGCCGCUUUGCUACCCAAUUCGCUCACAUCGAUUCGCACGAAAGCCAUGUCGGACUUCCAGAAACCCGUUUUCAGCGACACUUUUGCCGUGCCCAUAUCGCUUAGUAAACUGCAGACGAAGAGCUUGCAGGUCACAGUGGUCAGCAUGACCGGCCAGAAGGAGGAGAUAAUCGGCACUGUGCAGAUAAGCAUGGCCGAAUUCAACCCCGAUGAUUCGACACUCAAGUGGUACAAUGUGCUCAGCUCUAAAUUCAUGCCGACCUUCGAGCCACUGGACAUGCCAUCAACGAGUGCCGCUGCUGCUGCCAAAGCUGCAUCUGCGGCGGCGGCUGUCGUUGCCAAUUCGGCUGCAACGCCUCAUUUGUCCACAUCAACAGCUGGCACCAAUGUUCCGAAUGUUGCCAAGGAAGAGUCGUCCGAUGAAUCGACCAUCACCUCAUCACAAACAUCAACGCUGACACGCAAUCAAGUGCCGCCCUUCGAGAUGCAAGCGCAAAUCACCGAAGAAAUGCAAGAACAAUUGAGCGUAAACGACGAAGACGAGGAGGAUGAGGAGGACGAUGAUGAAGAUGACGACGAUGAUGAUGAGCUAGAGGGACUGACAGAUGCUGACUUUACAAAGAAAAUGCUCGAAGCAUACAACUGCAUCGAUCUGAUCAAGCAGGAAUAUGCGGACAAGGAAACCAAUACCGAGUGCGCAUUCCAGCCGGAAAAAUCGCGUGCAUCCCAACAGCAACAGCAAAUGGCCGACGAUAGGCCGGUAAAACGUUCGCAGACGUUCACACCGUCGGCGGCAGUAAAUAAAAACCGUUACAUCUGUCGGUUGAAUCGUUCCGACUCGGAUUCGGCUAUGCAUUUCGGCGUCACGCCACAUCCCUUCCAUCGUGGCGCUGUGGAGCGACGAUCGUUACGCUUCCACACCAAAGUACCCAAACAAGUCACAAAACUUCGUCAUACCCAUAUACCCAGAACUAGUUUGGAUCUGGAACUGGAUUUGCAGGCGCAGCAUAGUAAAUUGGAUUUCCUUAAUGAUCAAAUAGCCAAGUUGCAGAACUUGAAGGAUGUGCUUGAGAAGGGCCGUGAUAAUCGCGAUCCCUUAAUUGCCGCCUGGGCUAUUGAGAAUGAGGAGUUCCAGCGCUUAGUCGAACGUGCCGAUCCGGCCAAAUGCCCGGAAGAGAAACAAUUGCAUAAGCUUUUGAUGAAAACUGCCAAAGAAAUUUAUAAGCUGCGUAAAACCAAGGUGCCGAAAGGAUCACCCGAUUUACUGUCAUUCAAGGAGAAAAUGACCUUCUUCACACGCAAAGGCUUUCCAGUGCCCGAAUUGCCAGAUCGUGCCGAUUAUGUGCUGCCCGAUGCCAAUCUCAUCGAAGAGGAGGAUGAGGAGGAGGAGGACGAGGAAGACGAUGAGGAGGACAAGGCACGCGAAACAGCGAUCGCUAUCAAUACGGCGCUCGUCGCUAGCAACAAUAGAAAUAAGAAUCUCAAUGAGAAUCAUAUAGGCGGAGCGGUCAGUCGAAGAGAAUUGAAUGCAGCCAAGAGCACAGCAGCAGCUGCAGCAGCAGCAGCGGCCGCAGCCAACGCGGCAGCGACAACAACAAAUAUAGCGCCAACACCUAGCACAAGCGCGGCAGCAGCAGCCACAGCGGCGACAGUGCAGAACAACAGCGCCAAUGGCGAUCAGAAGGAUCAGCGAUUUGAAUAUGUGGUCGAUCGCACCUAUGGCGUUGAAGUGUGAAACUGCCAAGCAAGGCUUGGAAUUUUUUUUUGUUUUUUUUUGACGUAGUAUAUAUAAAAAUAUUUAUAUAACGUAAGUAACCGCUUGAGACUAGCGGAAAACUCAAGAAACAAAACAAUUGUGCCUUACUCGUAGUUUUAUAAAGUAGAAGAGUGGAAUUGAAGGGAAGUAAACAAAAAAAAUACUAAGUAGAACUUUAAAUAAAUUUAGUAGCUAUGUAAGUAGUUUUGCUGUACAAAACUGACUAUUUGUUGGAAAGUAAAAAAAAAAUGUAUAUUACAAGAAUAUAAUUUUUCUAGAAGGCGAAAUUUUGCAAAACCUUUUCGCUUUUUGUUUUGUAAAACUGUAAAAAAUUGUUUUUUUAAACGAAAUUUGGACCUGAACGCGAUAUUUCUUACCCAAGACUAGUAUCAGCUGUACUUUGAUGUCAUUGUAUUUUAGCUGUUAUAAAUUUUAUGCAAACUAUCGAAAGCAAAAUCAUAAAGAACACACACACACACACACAUUAGACUCUACAUUUCGUAGUGGUUGAUUAUUUUUUUUUUGUGCAUUUCUUUUACAAACAUAACAGAAAGAAAUUUAGUUAGGCUCCUCUUUAGUUGUAAAAGUUUUUCUAAGCGAAUUAUAGGAAUAUCGCAUGCGCUUUUUUGCUUGGCGCGUUGCUAAAAUGUAAAAUUCUAAUUUAUUUAAUUUUUUUUAUACAAACAUACUUAUUAUAUUUUAAUAUAUUGGAAGGCUUGCGUUUUUGUUGAGCUCGAUUUAUAAUGUUUUGUUGUAAUUUAUAUUGAAUG